AGGUUGCCUUUGUUGUCCCGAAAAUCCAGGGACCAAGAACAUUUCACACAAAUUAGUAGAUUCAAUGUAGCAAUCCGAGAGAAACUGCUGAAGACGGUGAAUGAAAACAUUUCUAGAAAAUCAAUUAUGGACACAGGAGACCAUGAUUUUGAAUUUGGAGAUGAGAAUGAUAUGGAAUCUAUGAUUGAUAGUUAUAAUAAGAAUGAUGAAUCAACAAUGGGAUCGAUUGAUGGUCGUUCAGACUCUGUAUGUGAUGGAAGUACGCUGGGGGUAUGUAGGGGUGAAGAUGACUAUAUGUCUAAUAUAGCUCUGUAUGAUGGUUAUGAUAGUUAUAAUGAGAGUGGUGAAAGUUCCGAUGAAGAGGAGGAGUUGCCCAGAGGAGAAUUAUUGGCAGCUCAUCUUAAAGGCAUUGUUCCCACAAAACCUACUCCAUUUAGAUUUAUGAAUGGUAAAGAUGGUAUGGCAACUUGUGAGAAGUGUGGAACUGUUGGAAUAAAACAUGCUUUCUACUCCAAAUCUAAACGAUUCUGUAGUUUGUCAUGUUCUAGAAGUUUUGCUACAGCUCAGAGGGAAGGGAAGCCAUUGCCACCUAAACCUGUGAUAGCUAGAAAGGGUAAUAAAGGAAUAACCCAUACAAAGAAGCCUAUUUCUAAAGCGAACAGUCAUUUAUACAGUAAAUCUGGAAAACCAGAAACAGUUCGUGGGUUUGAUUGGGGACCAUAUUUAUCAUCUGGUUGUGGUGAUGGAGCCAAUAUUUCAAGUUUCAUUCAUGCACCAAUGAAUGAAAGUUGGGAACAGAUUAGUAUUGGAAUGAAAAUAGAAUGUUUGAAUCAUGAUACAGAUUUACCUUAUUCUGUUUUCUGGAUAGCAGCUGUUAUAAAACUUGCAGGUUAUAAAGCUUUAGUAAGAUAUGAGGGAUUUUCUGGUGACUCUAGUAAAGAUUUUUGGUUAAAUUUAUGUUCUAAAGAUGUUCAUUCUGUUGGUUGGUGUGCUUCAUUUGGUAAACCAUUAGUUCCUCCUAAAUCAAUUCAACAUAAAUAUGCUGACUGGAAAUCCUAUCUUGUAGCAAGAUUAACAGGUUCCCGAACUUUACCUGGUAGUUUUCACAAUAAGGUAGCUGAGUAUAUGACUAGUUUUAAAUUAAAGAAGGGUAUGCGUGUAGAAGUAGUUGAUAAGAUGUGCGUUUCAGCAAUGAGGGUAGCUCUAGUAAAUGAAAAUAUAGGUGGAAGAGUUCGUCUGAACUAUGAAGAUAGUAAAGAUGAAAAUGAUGAUUUUUGGUGCCAUACCUAUUCUCCAUUAAUACAUUAUGUUGGCUGGUCACAAGAAGUCAAUCAUAAAUUACACUGUUCUCAAGAAUAUCGCAGCAAAUGCUUAACCAAACUUACCAUGCAAAAAUAUGAUCCAACAGAUUCCACACCAGAUAUGUUUUUAAAGAAUAAAGAUUCUAAAACCAAUCUAAAAUUUCAAGUUGGGAUGAAACUUGAAGCCAUAGACCCAUUAAACCUCUCAGCUGUUUGUGUUGCUACAGUUAUGAAAGUGCUAAAGACAAAUUAUUUAAUGAUUGGUAUUGAUGGAUCUGCAGCUCAGAAUGGUUCGGACUGGUUUUGUUAUCAUUCAUCCUCACCAUGUAUAUUUCCAGUAGGAUUCUGUGAAAUCAAUGGAAUCGUUUUAACCCCACCUAGAGGUUAUAAAGGACCAUUUAAAUGGUUUGAAUAUCUCAAACAGACCAAGUCAGUAGCAGCUCCUGUUAAAUUAUUUGAUAAGGAAAUUCCUAAACAUGGUUUUAAACCUGGACAUAAAUUGGAAGCAGUUGAUCUGAUGGAACCAAGAUUGAUUUGUGUAGGAACUAUAACUAAAGUUGUUGGUCGAUUAUUACGAGUACAUUUUGAUGGUUGGGAGAAUGAAUAUGAUCAGUGGGUAGAUUGUGAAACCCCUGAUCUUUAUCCUGUUGGUUGGUGUGAAAUGAUGAAUUAUAGUUUAGAAGGACCUAGAAUGAAAAUUGAACAACAGGGUAUCAAUAACUUACCACUGUCCAAGAAACGUAAGAGUAAAGCCCAGUUGUAUAAAGGUCCGAGGAAGAGUAAGUGUAAUGAGAAGAAAAGUAAAUCACCCGUUAAACCUGGGGUUAAUUAUACAGAUUCCACUGAUCAUCUUCAAUACCCUCCUUACGUUUCCCUGACAGCUGAAGCAGUUGCUGCUAAUUUACCCCCUAUGUUAGAUACCCAUGCAUCAGACUCUUUUAAAGUUAAAGUGGAACCAGGAAUGGAAACAUCAACAGGGCAAGAUGCCCCACCAGUGUUAAGUCCCUUAGAAGCACCUCCUAGUCGAGCUCAAAAUAUAUCAAGAACUGCCUCAAUGCCAGUAAUAACAGACUUUAAAACUGAGAAUUCAAAUAGUAAUACAACUGAAAAUGCCAGUGCUAAUCAGUCAAAUCAACAUUUGUUAUCUAAACUCACCUCUCCGGUUAAUAAAAUGGACACAUCAAACUCUAGUCUUAACCAAUCAAACGACAGUACGCAGUUGAAACCAGCACCACCUAGUGUUGGUGAAAAGGUGACAUUGUCAAUGACAACACGACAUCAAACUGUGCUACCAGAUCAUUGGACAAUAAUUGAUGUUUAUCAGUUUUUACAUGUUAAUGAUUGUGCUGCAUACUGUGAAAGUUUCAAAAAGAAGGGCAUUGAUGGCCGUCGAUUUAUGGCAUUAACUAAAGAAGAAAUAGUCAGUUUAACUGGUAUGAAAGUUGGACCAUCUCUUCGGAUUUAUGAUCUCAUUCAAUAUCUGAAACAACAUUUCGAACGCAAGUUGCGACAAGAUUCCUCUUGACCUAAACUUUGAAAUUAGCAGACGUCAGCCAGAUGUUAGAAUGCUAAGAGCCGAGAGAUAUUUCCAGUGUAUUAGUGUUUUGUGUUGUGAUGUAAUAAUAGUUCUAAACUAUAAAUAGAAAACUGACUAUAAUAUUAUAAAUAAGAAACAGACUAUAAUAUUGAGAUUAUAUCACUGCAAGAAACAGAAUCUAAUGAUUAUCUAUAAUGAUGUAUCUGGCCAUAAAAGAGAGAGAUAUUUAUUUCCAUGAAAAGAUGGUUGUGCUUAAUUAUUUUUUGUAUUAAAAUAUUGAUGCCAAAGACUGGCAAGUGCUUGUAACAUACUGAUAUAAGCAAGUAUUGAUAUUAGAAGUAUUUAUUUUACUAGUUUUCUACUUUAUUACAUUGUUUUAAUGUUUUUGAAAAGAUGAUUACCCAGUUCGGGUAUGCAUAAAGUUAUAAAUUUUGCAAUACAUAAAACCAUGACCAUAUGUUAAAGACCCUAAAAAAUAUUUUUUUGAUAUGGCCAUUCAUGCAAUUUAUUCAGACAGAAGAAUUUUCCAGGACAGUGCCAUCUACUUUCCAUAGAUUUAGACUAUGUUGUAAAUGAGCAGGAAAAGUUAAAAUAAAAGUUAUUGUGAUUUUUGUAUCAACAAGCAGAUAUUAAUUCUUGCAAUAUUAGCCCUUAUUGGCUUAAGCAUGUUGAAUACAAAGUGUUAAUGUGAAAAAACCCUUACUGUGUAGUUUGAACCUAAUUAUUUAUUGACAUAUUCCAUUAUUAAUAUUGUACAUUUAUACUGUAAGUGGGUAAAAUCCAUCUUAUUUUAACACGAUAAUAUAAGAAUGAUUGUAAUCAAACUAUAAAGUAAAACAUGUUUGAUGUAUAAGGCGGGGAUUUUUCGCUGGUUUACUUAAAGGGGCAUUGCAGAAUUUGGUGACCUCCAGGUAUUGAUUUCAAGCUCUACAGAACAAUGAAAAUGAUUUUGUUUCAAAAUAUUUACCAUUUUAUCAGUUUGAAAAUGUAUAUUCAAAGUUAUCUUGAUUAACUAGAGAUAGAUCUUUAACAACAAAUGAAAAACUUAAAAACACCAUGUUUCAACAUGCUAUAUUUAGAACAUGGACAGCUCACAAUGCUACAUUUUUUCCUCCAUAGCAAAUGGCAUUGUUAAGCAUAGCUGCUUUAUCUGGCAAUAUCUUUUUAAACUAUUGGAGCUUAGUGGAAAUAGAUAUUUCGAGAUGAAACAUGAUCUGUUGAUACUGUGUUGAAUACAAAUUUUCAAAUAACCUUUCAAUGAAAAUAAUUUAUUUUUGAGUAACCAGGUUUUUUGAGAAAGAAAUCCCUAAUAAUCAUAUCGUCCGUGUGUAUAUAGAAAUAUAGUAUUUAGAAAUGAAGAGCUUAGUUUAACUAUGUCAUGUUGAAAGAUAAGAUAUAUUUGUUAUCUAUAAAAUAACUGUUAUGUUUACAAGAUUUAUAUGUUAUCACAUAUUUCUCAUACAUUGGUGUAAAAUACUUAAUAACAUCUCAACAUA